AUGAAUAUGUGUUCCAUGAUACUACUGAAGCAAGAACAUGCAAAGCUUGUAGCUGCAUCCGGCAAAGACGUCGUAUGCAGAAGCUCAAGCAGCGAUGAAUCAGAACUUACUCUUGCUGGUGCCACGGUUGCAUCUGCAGAUUUAGCCUCUCAGCUUUCACAAGUUAAGUCAAAAGAGGGUUUGAGAAAGUGCACAGCUUGUCGUAAGCGUGUGGGAUUAACGGGGUUCAGUUGCAAAAGUGGUGAUCUUUUCUGCGCAGUUCAUCAUUAUUCAGGCAAACACAACUGCCCGUUUGAUUAUAGGAAUGUUAGUCAGAAUGCAAUAGCAAAAGCAAAUCCUAUCAUCAUAGCAGAAAAGCAUAAUAAGAUCUAA